AUGAUGGCUUCUAAGAUCUUACUCGUCCUGGCUCUCGUGGCGUUUGCUUCGGCCGACAAGAGGCCAUCCUUCUCCUAUGGUGUUCCUCAGUCUAUGGAGGAAGACUCAAGUGAGGAGUCUGCUCCCCCGAAGUACGAGUUCCAGUAUGGCGUGAAGGACGGAUAUCGGGCGUGGACUUUGCCACGGAGAGUCCCGGACGAGGAUGAGACUCGAGGCUCUUACACGGUGCAGCUUCCCGACGGCCGCCUGCAGAGGGUGACGUACUACGUGGACGGCGACGACGGAUACGUGGCCGACGUGACGUACGAGGGCGAGGCUCAGUUCCCGGAGUCCGAGGAGUCCCGAGAGGCUCCUGUGUACGCCCCUCCAAGGCCCUCCUACGGAUACCCACAAUGAAUCAAGCAUCGCUGCUAAUUUAUUUAAUCCAUAUCAUCUCAUCCAGUAAAAACAACAUACGUAUAUUUGAUAAAUAAUCCAUCAUGUACACAGUAUACUAUUAAUAAAACAUCAACUAUUG